UCCAAAGUUAGCACACAUUUUUAAGCCUUUAAACUUUUCGUUUCAAACCUGGAAAUAAUUUUCUUCUAAUUAUUUCGUGAACAGAGUGCCAUAAAGGUUUCUAACAUACUGAUUCUGAUUCUACAACUUGAACCUCUCUUGUCUAUUGUUCUAAUCCUUGUUUGCUUUUUCAUUGAUUUGUAAACAAUGGUGGUGAAAAUGAUAUUGUUGACUCUCUUUUAGCAGAAACGGGGAAGGAAAUAACCAUAACAGAUAUGCAGGACAAUAUCUCACAAUGCCAAGAAAUUUUAUCGUUAUUUUUGCCACUGGAUGAAGUGACCAUUGCUAGGAUAGUUGGUGUGAUUGUCCGUACACAAUCAGAUGACAAGAGUGUACACUCAAAAUUACUUGCUGAUCUUUGUGGCAACAAUACAUCGGAGGAUCUAUCACAAAUGACUGAAUGGGAUGCCGACACUCUUAUUUAUGCAACAAAGCAACUUGCUCCUGAAUUGAACUGGGUAACUAUUAUGGAAAACCUAGAUCAUGAGGGUUUCUAUAUUCCCAACGAAGCAGCUUUUAACUUUUUGAUGUCUGUUUAUAAACAUGCCAGCCAGGGUCACUUUCCUCUCAGAGCUAUUUGUGGCUCUAUCUGGAAGAAUGCUGAGGGUCAGAUUUCCUUACUUAAAUAUGCUGUCUCAGCUCCUCCGGAAGUAUUUACCUUUGCACAUUCUGGGAGGCAACUGGCCUAUGUUGAUGUUGUGAAUGACCAUAAAGUUCAAAUUGAACAUGCAAAUCAUGCGUGGUUGUGUCUUGACCUUCUGGAAGUUCUUUGCCAGCUGGCUGAGAGAGACCAUGCAAGUUCUGUGAGAUCCAUACUCUAGCACCCUCUGAAGUACUGCCCUGAAGUCUUGCUUCUUGGGAUGGCCCACAUUAACACUGCAUCUAAUCUUCUCCAGCAAGAAGUUUCCUCUGCUGUUAUCCCAAUAUUACUGCAAAAUGCUGAUGCAAGUGGUAUGAUUGUUCAUCUGUGGCAUGUUAAUCCCAACAUAUUGUUGCGGGGUCUUGUAGAUGCGAUGAGCCCUGAACCAAAAAACAUGAGCAGAUUUUUGGCUGCCUGUCAAGAGAUA